UAUUGCCACUCCUUAUUUCACUAUUUCCACUCCUUAGAGAAACAAUUUUUUUUAACUAUUUCCACUCAUUGAACCAAUUUGGAAGUAGCAAAAAUUAUUGUUUUGAGGGGGGUGAAAAAUUAAUAGUUAUUCUUAGGACACUAUUGGGAUAUUUAAGCCCACCGACUUCUAUAUAUACACCCACAAUCCGGGUGUAGGUAGAGCUGCGUUUCCUUCAUGUACCCCAGAGUGAUCUAAAAGAAGAAAAGAGGAGAAAGUAGGGAAGAAAACGGAGGGAAAAUGGUUCUGCUGGAGAAGCUUUGGGACGACGUCGUAGCAGGGCCCCAACCUGAUCGUGGCCUUGGAAAACUUAGAAAGAUCUCUACUAAACCCUUGAACAUCAAAGAUGUGGAAGGAGAAGGAAGCAAGUUCCAGAGAUCGAUGUCGAUGCCAACUAGCCCAGGUACUCCGGCGACGCCGGUCACACCCACGACGCCGGCGACGGCGCGUAAAGAUAACGUCUGGAGAAGCGUAUUCCACCCCGGCAGCAACCUUGCCACCAAGAAAAUUGGUGGUGAGAUGUUCGACAAGCCACAGCCUAAUUCCCCUACUGUGUAUGACUGGCUCUACAGCGGGGAGACGAGGAGCAAGCAUCGUUGAGGGUGAUGUUAGGGUGACCCAUGGGUGCAUGUAAAUAGCAUCUUUUCCUUCUAGUGUCAGAGGGGUUUUAAUUAGUAGUUUAAUUAAAACUAAUUAAAUAAGCUUUGUUCGUGGGUGAUUAUGUUAAUUAAUGUAAUGUGUAUGUAUGGUUUUUGGGUGUGGGGUCCCUCUUUCUCUGGGCACUUGAGAAAGUAAUAACCAUGUUUUAUAUAUGCUUUAAUUAUUAAGAAAUUUUUUAA